GCGCGAGAGUGAGUGAGUGGCUGAGUGAGUUUACCCCUAUGAGGCGGUGAGAGGCCCGGGGCCUACCUCUGAGGAGCGGGGUCGCGGCGCCAGCUAGCAGCGGGCCCCCUCCCGGUCCCCGGGCCCGGCGGCGCGGCGGCGGCUCAGUUGUGAGGAGGCGGGGAAGCGAGUGUCCGGCCCCAGCCAUGGAGGGCAUGGACGUGGACCUGGACCCCGAGCUGAUGCAGAAGUUCAGCUGCCUGGGCACCACCGACAAGGACGUGCUCAUCUCCGAGUUCCAGCGGUUGCUCGGCUUCCAGCUCAACCCGGCCGGCUGCGCCUUCUUCCUGGACAUGACCAACUGGAACCUACAAGCAGCAAUUGGCGCCUAUUAUGACUUUGAGAGCCCAAACAUCAGUGUGCCCUCUAUGUCCUUUGUUGAAGAUGUCACCAUAGGAGAAGGGGAGUCGAUACCUCCUGAUACUCAAUUUAUAAAAACAUGGCGAAUCCAAAAUUCUGGGGCAGAGGCCUGGCCUCCAGGGGUUUGUCUUAAAUAUGUCGGGGGAGACCAAUUUGGACAUGUGAACAUGGUGAUGGUGAGAUCGCUAGAGCCCCAAGAGAUUGCAGAUGUCAGCGUCCAGAUGUGCAGCCCCAGCAGAGCAGGAAUGUAUCAGGGACAGUGGCGGAUGUGCACUGCUACAGGACUCUACUAUGGAGAUGUCAUCUGGGUCAUUCUCAGUGUGGAGGUGGGUGGACUUUUAGGAGUAACGCAGCAGCUGUCAUCUUUUGAAACGGAGUUCAACACACAGCCACAUCGCAAGGUAGAAGGAAACUUCAACCCGUUUGCCUCUCCCCAAAAGAACCGACAAUCAGAUGAAAACAACUUAAAAGACCCUGGGGGUUCCGGGUUCGACUCGAUCAGCAAAAACACAUGGGCUCCUGCUCCUGACCAAACCGAGCAAGAUGAGAAUAGACUCUCACAGAACUCUGUAAAUCUGUCCCCCAGCAGUCACGCAAACAACUUAUCAGUAGUGACUUACAGUAAGGGGCUCCACGGGCCUUACCCCUUCGGCCAGUCUUAAACGGGUGUCAGCAAGAAGAAAAAUUAACAAAAGACAGAAGGCUUGACUCUGGGGGGGAGGGCAAGGGGUUCCUCUGGAUUGCAGACCACAUCGCACGGACCCCUGGCUCUGACCCCCAUCCUGGAAGAAGAGGAAGAAUCAGAAAGACUAGUUUUGAAUAAAACUCAGUGUGCGUGUGUGAAUGCCGAAUCGCAGGAGUGGUGUUGAGGCUACCAAGAAGAAAUCCAUGCAGCCAGUUUGGGUUUUGUUUAUUAGGCGUCAAUCUAACAAGUCAUUAGGUCGCUCGGGAAGGAAAAAAAUGUUUAAAAUGGGGGAAAAAAGCCAUCUUUUUAAACAAAAAUUAUUUUGCCUACAGACAGGUUGUAGUUUUGAGCACAUGUUAAUUUUUUCCCCUUUCCCCACUUUUUUUUUUUUUUUUAGAUAAGGGAUAACAUGCUGUUUAUAGAAUGCUUGUUGCUCUGGAAGCAAUUCAGGUUCAAAACUGGCAUGGCCUGCUUGGGGACUCUGCGGGUCAGUGCUAUAGGAGGACACCUGCCGUGCCACCUGACUCCACGAGUCUCCAACCCCAUUUGUUUUUAAUGGCAUCAGCCCAUGAGUUAUCACGCUUUUCCUCUUCUCUUUAAUCUUCUGUUGAUUUACACCUUUGACAUUUGUAUUUGUCAACCCUGUGGCUUGUUACCGUCAGAACCUCUCUGAAGACCAAACUUCCCUGUGUGGCCAGCAGAGGAAGCCUUGAAGACAGAUCUCGGGUGACGUGGGAGUUUGUGAGGCUGAGAGGUGUCCUCCUGCACACACUUGUAACAAUUCGAAUUGCUUUCCUUCCUUGUUUCUCUUGGCGGAAAGAAAUGCCAUCACGCUUACUGCUCUCUUGGAUUCUUGGUACACAGCGGCUCCCCAUUCACUCUGGGAACGCUGCCUCUGUGCUGCGUAUAUGUGUGUGCUGCGUGCACACACACACACACGGGUGUUGGUGCAGCUCAUCAGCGAGUGUGCAGCAGGCGAAUGUGAAGGUGUCCCCUGCUUCUCUGUUGUCACACAACUCCCUUCCCUGUGUUUCUCUCCAGUUGUCCUUUGGGGUGUUUUUGCAGCCUGUUAGUGGAGCUGAGCUGUUAAGGUAUGAAAAUGGAGCCCCAGAUGGGGAAUUUGCCAUGGGGAAGGGCCACACUUACUGACUGCGUGAUCUUGGAGACCACACUUUGUUGGGAAUGAAAGGACCCCCGCCCUGAGCAGGAUGCUUAGUUAUUGGGAGGUGGCGGGCAAGGGACAGCCCAGCCGGAGCACAGGUUGAUUGGCUGGCUGCUCACUGGGACAGGUGGCCCCACUAGCAUCCUGUGGAUUCAGAGCAGGUUGAGAUGUGGAUAUCUCCAUGGGAAGCUUAAACCAGGCCAGAACAGCUGUCUGCCAAAGAUACAAGAAUAUGCAAAGUCCCUCUUCUCUUCUCACCCCCUCCUUCCCUCGAGUCUUGGUUUGUUUGAUAGCCGGGAAUAUGGAUCUAGGGUGCGGUUGCUGGGUCACCUGCCUGUUACUACACCCCCACCCACCCCGGGGGUGUGAGACAGCAGGGAGUCCAGGUCGAUGAUUGGCUGCAAGGAGUCAUAUAGCCUGGGUGUGGGUGAGGGUCUGCCUGCCUGUCUGUCUCUGUCUGGGUGUCUGAGUUGCGAAAACAUGUGUUGUUUGUUCCUCCUCAUCCUCUUCUGAGACUGUUGUGUUUUUCAAGCUUGAUUGUGAGAGAAAAGCUUGUACAAAAUUCCCCCUUUGCCUCCCCACCUCCCCCCAAAUAAAAGGGGGAGUAACCAUUGGUCCACUGGAGAAGCCCCAGGGGAGGGUGGAGCCUGCCUGCUGAAGGCGCAGUGCAGCUGGGUCAGGGGCUGGACUGGAGCUCACACUGGAGCACCUGCUUUCUAUGCACACAAAGAGCACCCCAUUCCCAGCAGAGCAGGGGUGCCCAGGCCACCACAGGUCCAAGCCAGGGGCUCACGAUGGCUUUUUGUUUGAGGGCCCUGUUGGGCCCAGACUGCUGCCACUGUUGGUGCCAACCUCCUGGGACACCACCACCCUGGAGCCCACACAUGCCCAGCCGUUCUACUCACUUGAUAGCCCUCAAAGCAUCACAUCUCCAGCUGCCCCUGCAGGAUCACGGGAGGCUUUACGUCCCCUGGUCUCCUGGCUUCCUCAUCUGCCCCACACUAGGUACCCCUUCCCCUUUUCUCAGGAGGGGGUGCCUGCCGUUAUUCAGCAGUGGCUUCAUAGAUCACCGUCAGUGGGUCUGGCCCUGCCAGAGGGAUCCUGCUCCUCCUCUUGCUUUUAGGCAGUCUCACCUGGCAAGGUAGUUGUCCCAAGCACGUUGGCUUCCCUCCCAAGAACAAACCAUUUCUGUACACAUCUUUGGAGAGGUGAGCUCCUUGCAGAGGCCGGAGCGAGCGAGCGCAAGCCAUGGAGUAGGCGCGGAAGGAGUCCAUGGUUCCCCCAAGACCUGGAAGCUGUUGGUACCAUUCAUCCUGCCUCUUCUCGCUGGUUUAGGUUCUGAGCAAGUCCUUAGAGCCCCUCUUUUCCACUGCCUAGGGGGGCGGCAAAGGCUACCCUCUCAGCCCCAGUAGUCUCAGUUCCUCUUGGACUCUUUACCAAAUGACAGGCUGCCUCUGGGCAGGACCACCAGUGUCUGGCACCCGCAAGGUGAGGCAGGCACCAUCCCUAAGGACCUGAGCCCAGCGGGGGAGGCAGAGGGGCUCAGGCUUGGGAGGAAUCUGUGUGCACAGAGUGAGGUGUGUGUGGAUGAGUGUGCACGCGUGCAUGCGUUUUUUCUUUUUUCCCAUGGGGACAGUUGAAUUUGGGGCAUUUUUCUACAAGAAACAGCCUUCUCUUCCCCCAGCAAGGACUGGCUGUUACCUAAAGUCCAUCAAAGGCACUUCCAGCCAGGAGAGAACCUCACCAAGACAGCUGCUGUGGCCCAAGGGUGGCCAAGGUGGGAAGUGGGCAUAAGACUAAACACCUCCCCAAAUUCAAUGUGAGCCCCAGCGGGAGAGGGUGGUGGGGUUGCCAGGGCCCAGAACUGCAAGCUGAUUCCCCACCCCACCCUGCCUCGCCUUUUCUUUGUUUCCUCGUGUGAAUGCUGGAGCAGCAGUAGCUGCCUCCUCCACCUGGACAGUGGUGUGCAGCAAGCAAGCUGGGUGGGUGUUUGUGGUGGGGCCUUAUGGUGCCUGGGAGGAGAUGAAGAUGAGGAGGUUUUUCCUUACUGUAUAAAUGAAUAUUUGUAUGAUUAAAUUAACACACACCAAAAAAAACCCUGUUUUCA